UUCGCGGACGUCGGCCUGAUGCUGGUCGGCCCCUACGACGUCAUGUCGGGCAAGUUAGACAAACUGAAGCCCAGGCAGCUCUCCAGCUAUCUCUGCCACUGGCGCUACUACUUCGACCCGCCGGAAUUCAUGACUGUCCUUGCGAGCCGAGAAAACGAAUACCACAUUGGGUAUUACCGUGACGAUUGCUUCCAGUUCCCGGUCUUCGUCGCUUCAAUGUCGUCGCUGAAACCGGGGAAGAUAUGCCCGAUGGCGCAGAACAUCUUUGGCGCUGUCUACUCGUAUCUCUCUUCGAAGCUUGAGAAGGAAGAGCUUCAGAAGGACUCUCUGACGGAGCGGCGCUUCCGGGAGGUGGAGAGGUACGCGAGGACGCGGCGCCACGCCCUGGGCCUGAGAACGCCCGCCCUCGGGAAGCGGGAGAAGCUGGUUGUGGGCAGGUGCUUCCACGGGGCGGGGGUGGCGGUCGAUUCCGAGGAGCUUAUGGAGCGCCGCGUCCUCCCCGUGUCAGAGGUCGAACUGAAGAGAAUUCUGCAGGCGGUCACAGAGGCUGAAACCGAAACCGAGAGAGCAAAACGUCUUGGUAUUUUGGAAGUUCUAGUGAAAAUUGUUCGGCGUGAAUUUAGUAGAGGAAAUUCAGCGAUGGGUCUGGAGUUUGGCCACAACCUCUUUUCUUUCGGAGGAGAGAUAUUCCACAAGUACAUCCUUCAGGUCCUUGGGGAGAGUUACGACCGCCUCUUCAGAGAGCCAUUUCUUGAUAUAUUACAGGCUCAUUUGAAGAACAGACGCAGAGGAAACAACAUGAGUAUUUUGGAUGUUUAGAACAAAAAAAAAAUGAUAACCUAAGGCUCCUGUUUCUUCACUUCACUUCUUCAAUAUAUCUUUGUAGGUUCUCAGAAUAAGUACAUUUACAGAGCGAAUGAUCAAAUACAUCUCUUGAAGAUGGUAUGUUAUGAGUAUUAAUCCCAAGCAUUUGUAUUGCAUUGGUUAUUUUAAUAU